AUGGCUUUGAAAUGGGGUGGACGUCCGUACAGGAACAAGAAUAAGUCCAUCAACCUCCCACCCAACACAGCUCUGGUGGAAGGUGUGGUUGUGAUAAAAGACCAGCGUAAUUUCGGUAGACAAGUAAAGAGUAAGCACAAAGAAGUGGUCAUCAUUAGUGAAAAUAUGCAGUCGCUGGCCGAAAAUGAUGGAAUUCCCAGCAAGCGAAAAAGAAUAAGUAAGAAAGCAGUCGCGGAGACACUGGCUUGCGAGAGCCCAAAACUUCCAAGUUUGGACGAUAUGAUUGCACAGGAAGAACUCUGCUUGCAGCGGCUCAGGCCGCUAUCGAUUUAUACUGAUGCGCUGAAUUUCUUGAGAAGCUCGAGUGAUUAUAUGGCCUUUUUUGAGUUCUAUCUUCACGAGACUGCUCGACAUUUCAUAACAUUUGAUGUCCAGUCUUAUCCCAACGCUUUCACUACUUUAAUGCCGCGCAUGGCCCUCUUCAGUCCUACCUUAAUGAAACUCAUUGUUGCGCACGGGGCGAGACACAGAAAACAGCUGUUCUUUUUUGAAGAAGAGACAUCUUAUCGGCCUCUAGAGGACAUGGCGGACUCGAGCCUUGUCCACGACACUACAGUGCGCAAACUUAUGGACGAUGGCGUGAAUGAGCUCGUUUUUAAGCUCUCUUCCUCGACCCAGGGCGCUGACGAGUCUGUGUUGGCCUGCACGUUAGAGCUUGCUAGCUUUUCGAUGUUUUUUGGCGGUUCAGGAGGUCACUGGCGUGCUCAUCUUCGUGGCGCUCAAGGUCUUAUCUCGAAAAAGCUCACCUCAUCAAAAUUUGAUGAUAAAGCUCUCCGAUACACCAACACAAAAGGGGGGUUAUGCAUUUUUGAGAAGGUGGUUUACUUACAUGAGAGUCAUGAGCUACCUCUGCUCCACUAAUUUCCCAAACUCUCUUGUCAACUGCAGUACACAAAAGGAGGAUUACGUUUUAUGGAGGGGUAGAGAUAAAAAACCUAUCUCCCUCAUGAUGGAUGAUAUUGAAUAUGCCAAUGGCAUGGAAAUCUUUGUACUUUCUUUAUUGUCAGAAGUUUCUCAUCUAAUUGUGGAACGGCACCAAUUGCUCACUGAGCCACCAACGCAUCAACUACUCGCAGAUGCUUUGGAACUCGAUUCAAGAAUCCUUGGCCAUAUGGAAAGUCGCGAGAAUGAGGGAUGAGCUUUUCAGCGGAGCCAGUUGUACUAACUCAAAUGCGCUUUCGAGUGUGAAAUUGAAGCGUUAUAAAAUUCUGAGAGCAACAAACCUUAUGUUUGGUUAUACUGGUGUAUUGCAGUUGAGAAGAAGAGUAAUGGGCUUGUCCCACAAGGAUCCCUCUGUCGUCGAUCUGCUUAUUAAGAUGACAGAUAUUAUUGAGAAACAGCUACCUCGAGGGGAUGCUUCAUUUCCGUGUAUGUUAAUCACCAUUUUCUGUUGCGGUUGUGAGUUGCUGGACGAAAGCUUUGAAGGGAGACGUCAGGCCUGCCUCGAGCAGCUGGAGUACUACAUUACCCGAGGUUUCCAAAGUGCUGUUCACGCCAGAGAAAUCAUGCAGGAGUGCUGGGUAACGGGGAAGCCAUGGUGGGAGGUCCUGCAUGAUAAAAACCUUGGUAUCUGUUUCGCAAUUUGA